AUGCAAAUUCAAGUGGUGAAUUGCGUGAAAGUGCCGCCGAAUGAUACAUCGAAUGGUCAUUAUUAUCAAAACCGUGCGCCUGUUCAACCAGUUCCGUUUCAAAAACUUCCACCUGGUGCAGUAAAGCCAGUUGGCUGGUUACUGGGCCAAUUAAGACUACAAGUCAAUGGUUUGAAUGGAAAAUUUUUCGAGGUAUCCGAUUAUCUUAUCUAUGAGCAAUGUGGCUGGAUAGAUCCAGCUAAAGGCGCUGGAGAAGAAUUACCAUAUUGGUUACGAGGUUAUGCUGAUCUUGGCUUUGUCACUGGUGAUCCGGAAGUCUUAGGGCUGGCCCUUCGCUGGAUCGAUGGAAUUCUAAGUAGUCAACAGGCUGAUGGAUGGUUCGGUCCGAACGCUCUUCGUACUUCCUUAGAAGGCGGUCCUGAAUUUUGGCCUGCGAUGCCAUUAUUCUAUGUCCUUCGUUCAUUUUAUGAAUUUACGAAUGAUGGCCGAUUAAUUCCAUUUCUUUUAAGAUAUUUUCAAUUUAUGAAUGAACAACCAGUUGGUGUCUUUGUGCGUGGUUGGGCUGCAACUCGAUGGGCUGAUACUAUUGAAGCACUCAUUUGGUUGUAUAAUCGAACGACGGACACAGAUUGGUUACUCGAUUUAAUCAAAAAGAUUCACGCCAAUUCAGUCGACUGGAUAGAUGAUUUGCCAACAUGGCAUAAUGUGAAUAUUUCACAGGGAUUUCGUGAACCAGCGGUUUAUUCCUUGGUUGCUAACCCACCAGAUCCUCGUUUUCUUCAAGCGACUUACGACGACUAUCAAAAAGUCUUUGAGAAAUAUGGACAAUUUCCUGGCGGUGGCUUUGCAGGCGAUGAAAAUUGUCGCACAGGAUACGGCGAUCCUCGACAAGGUAUAGAAACGUGUGGUAUUGUUGAGCUGAUGAAUAGUUUCGAAAUUUUGACGAGAAUUACUGGUGAUUGUAUAUGGAGCGACCGGUGUGAAAUAUUGGCAUUCAAUUCAUUACCAGCAGCAUUUGAUCCAUAUCUUACACGUGGCACGCACUAUAUAACAUGUGCUAACUGCAUUCAACUUGAUGAUCAAGCAAAAAGUCAACAACAGUUUCAAAAUAAUUGGGCUAUGCUUUCCUUUAAACCUGGAGUUCAUCAAUAUCGUUGUUGUCCGCAUAAUUAUGGCAUGGGAUGGCCGUAUUAUGCCGAAACAGCAUGGUUAGCAACCUAUGACGGUGGCCUAUGCGCAUCGCUUUAUGUAUCGAGUCAGGUAACAGCAUUGGUUGGUGCUAAUAAUGGUACACCAGUCACAAUCAUCGAAGAAACUGAUUAUCCAUUUGAUAGUAACGUACAAUUCCGUUUUCAGUUACCUUCAUCGACACAAUUCAAGCUUUAUCUACGUGUACCGAGUUGGUGUAAAGCAGCGCCAAAGCUUUCUCUAAAUGGAAGUGUUGUAUUCAACGAAGCAACACCAAUGAACGGUUCGUAUCUUAUUCUAGACCGUCUUUGGCAAGACAGUGAUGUUUUAACAUUGAACAUUCCAUUUAAGUUAAAUUUGACAAAGUGGACAACGAAUCGUAGUGCUGCAUCCAUCAGCUACGGUCCGCUAACAUUUUCAUUAGCUAUUGAUGAACAAUACAAUCGAAUUGGUGGAACAGAGGAAUGGCCCGAAUACGAAGUAAGAGCAAAAUCAAACUGGAAUUAUGGAUUAGUAUUAUCGAGCGUUGAUAAAUGGUCGCUGAAACGACGAAAAACCAAAACAGAUUCGGUUAAUAUUUUUACAAGGGAUGCUAUUCCUUUGAAUCUUGAAGCGCGUGGUCGUCGCAUACCAGACUGGAAAGCAGAUAGUGAAAAUGUGGUCGGAUUAUUACCACAAUCACCCGUUCAAAGUCAACAAGCUGAUGAAACUUUAUUAUUGAUACCAAUGGGCGCUGCACGACUUCGUAUUACUGCAUUUCCAACGAUUGCUCAGUGA